AUGAAUGAACCAGUUGAGUGUUCCUCUGCUGUGACUUCUAGAGAUGUUAAUGUAGUUGAUCAGUCUUCCUCUGCUGUGACUUCUACAUAUGGUAAUGUUGUUGAACAUUCAUCUUCUAUUGUUACUCCUGCAGAUGUUAGUGUAAGCAUUUUGAAAACACCUUCUCAGCAUGUGGUUCCUAGGAUAUUGCAUAAUUCUAAAGGUGAAAAAGAGUACAUUCCUGGUUGUUCUUUGCAAAAAAAACCUGUUUUGGGAAUGAAAUUUGAUAGUCUCCAAGAUGGAAUUGAUUUUUAUUCCAACAAAGAAUGGUUUGUGUCAACUAAUAAGAGUAGAGUUGAGAAAAAUGUUGAUAGUGCAGUUUUGAAGAAGAAGUUAGUGAAGAGAGUUGGAUGUGGUGCAAGAAUUAAGUUUAGAUAUUGUAGUGGGGGGAAAUAUAUGAUCCAUCAUUUUUAUGAAUCUCACUGUCAUCCUUUUGCGACUCCUAUUACCAGACAAGUUAAUAAAUGUGAAGUUGGCAUUACUUAUGUUCACAAAAAAAUCAUAUUUGAUAAUGCUAAGUUGAAUAUUGGUGCUUUGAUGUCGUAUAGAUUUAUGAAAGAAAUGUGUGGUGGGUAUAAACAUGUUAAAUGUAGUAAAAAUGACUUCAAAAACUUUUAUCGUGACUUGAAAGUGUAUAUAUUGGAUGCUGAUGGUGCCAUGCAUCUAACACGAGCAUUUUGGGCAGAUCUUAUACGUAGGAAGGAUUAUAUUUUCAGUUGUUUGGUGACUAUUUCUUUUGAUACGACUAAUGACACAGACAAGUAUUCUUUGGUGUUCUUUCCUUUCACUGGUGUAGAUCACCAUAAAAGAUCUAUUAUUUUUUGUGCUGCUUUUCUUUCCAAAGAAGAUAUAGAAUCUUUUGUUUGGCUAUUUCAGACAUUAUUAAGGUGUAUGGGAAAGAAACCUUCCUGCAUUAUUACAGAUCAAGACCCUGCCAUGGGUAUUGCCAUUGAGAAGUUGUGCCAAGGAACUGAUUUCUUGAAGAAACUAAGUGCAGUAUUCUGGGAUAGGGAGAUAGAACCUUAUGAGUUUGUUCAGGGUUGGAAUCUUGUUUUACAAGAAUUUGGGUUGCAAAAUCAUGAGUGGUUUGUUCAUAUGUUCAAUAUUAAGCACCUUUGGAUCCCUGCCUAUUUCAGAGAGUUAUUUAUGGGUGGGUUAAGAUCUACUUCUAGAUCUGAGGGUGAGAAUAACUUCUUUUGUAACUUUAUCAACCCUCAUGUUACUUGUGUCAAGUUUAUUCUUCGCUAUGAAACUGCAUUGGAUGCUCAUAGGCGUGAACAGGAUGAGCUUACUAGACUAAACAAGUCCAUGCCUCAAUUGGUCACUCAGUUACAAUUGGAAAAACAUGCAUCUCUUGUUUACACUCGUGCUAUUUUUUAUGAGUUUCAACAGGAAUGUGAGGCUGCCUGUUAUUCAUGUGGGGUAGAGAGUUGUAACUUUCUUUAUGGUGAUGGUGUUGAGUUUUCUAUUAUUGUGGAUAACGGACGGAGGAAAAAUUUUGAUGUUACUUUUGAUUUAUCCACACAUGAGUGCACUUGUACCUGCAAGAUGUACGAGAGUUAG